UACACUGUCUGAACAUCAUCUUCUCUUCAUCAUAUAUAUAAAAGAGAAAAAAUACGGUAUCUCUUCGUUUCAACGGCCAUUUCCCAUUACACCCUCCAUUGUCUGUCUCCUCUUUGUGUGUGUUAAAAUUAAAAAGACCCCCUCCUCACUGUUUUCUGACACAGACUCAAUUCCUUCUCCUGCUCUAGCUCUGCAGAUCACACGGUGACGAGAGGAUUUUUGGUGGUGGGAAUCCGUGGAAGCUUGUGGGGUGCCAUUGUUUAGCUUCAGAAACGCAAGUAUAUAAUAGUUUCGAGUCGUCAGUGAUCUCUGUGUGUGAAGUUGGGGAGAAGAAGUGGGGAGUGGAGAAAUUUGUAAUUCUGUGUGUUUUUUAUGUGGGAUUUGCUUAAAAUGUGUGGGCAAGUCAUAAAGUUUUGAUCUUGAUGCUGUUUGAAUUGGACGUCGGUGGUCGUUUAGAGAGAGAAAAAGAAGAGAGUUGAGUGAGAAAUGGAAUCUGGGAAUGGGUUUUACUCGGGAGGAGAAUUCAGUUUGGACCCCAAAUGGUUGGUGGAUCCGAAGCUUCUUUUUGUCGGGCCGAAGAUUGGAGAAGGAGCCCAUGCCAAAGUGUACGAGGGAAAAUACAAAAACCAGAAUGUUGCGAUCAAAAUUGUUCACAGAGGAGAGACACCAGAAGAGAUUGCCAAGAGGGAGGCUCGAUUUGGAAGAGAAGUUGCUAUGCUGUCCAGAGUUCAACACAAGAAUUUGGUUAAGUUCAUUGGAGCUUGCAAGGAACCUGUAAUGGUGAUAGUAACUGAGCUUCUGCUGGGUGGGACGCUGAGGAAGUACUUGCUUAAUAUAAGGCCAAGGUGCCUGGAUAUGCGGGUUGCUAUCGGAUUUGCUCUUGACAUAGCUCGUGCAAUGGAAUGUUUGCACUCGCACGGCAUCAUACAUCGUGACCUUAAACCUGAAAACUUGCUGUUGACGGCUGACCAUAAAACCGUAAAACUUGCGGAUUUUGGUUUGGCAAGAGAAGAGUCAUUGACAGAGAUGAUGACUGCAGAGACGGGAACCUACCGCUGGAUGGCUCCAGAGCUCUAUAGUACAGUCACACUUAGACAUGGAGAAAAAAAGCAUUAUAACCACAAAGUGGAUGCUUACAGCUUUGCCAUUGUGCUCUGGGAGCUCAUACAUAAUAAGCUACCAUUUGAAGGCAUGUCAAACCUGCAGGCAGCCUAUGCUGCUGCUUUUAAAAAUGUAAGGCCAAGUGCCGAAGAUCUCCCACAGGAUUUGGCCUUGAUCGUUACGUCGUGUUGGAAGGAGGACCCUAACGCUCGGCCCAACUUCAGUCAGAUAAUACAGAUGCUCCUGCACUAUCUAUCCAUGAUUUCACCACCUGAACCCGUCAUACCACACCGGAUUUUCACUUCUGAGAAUGCCGUCUUUCCACCGGAGUCUCCAGGCACCAGCUCGCUUAUGGCCAAACGGGACGACACCUGCGACACACCUAAAACGCCAAUGGAAAACAAGCCAAAAGGGCUCUUCUUCUGCUUUAACCAAUGCUACUAAUCUCCACUGAACGUCGAAAUUCUCCAACAACUGUAGAGGUCGGUCGCAUUUGAAUUUCGACAUCUGCUGCAGGAGAUAAACAGACGUUCAUCGUUUAACUUGCGUUGGAUCUGACUCGAAUUUAAGAGGUCUAGAUGAUGGAGUUUGGGUUGCUGUGAUGUAUUAGUAGUUGUAAAAUAAGGUCCAUCCAAAGGCCUUCACUCCAUUCAUAUGUUAGAAUUCAGAUACUAAUAAACAAUGACACUCCGUCUCUGCUGCUGUUCCUGUCAAUGCAACUGUGAAAUAGUUCUUCAGAAUGUGAUGAAUGUUUACUUGGAUAUUCACAUCUUGAAAAGAAUUUCCUUUACAGGCAGAGAUUCCAUCCUUCUUCAACAAAUUACAACGCUCGACUUGAGUAUCA